CUGCGUUGCGCUUGAAGUACGAGGGUUUUAUGGCUCAAGGUUUCGCUUCCGUUAUGACUUUUUUCAAUUCAAAUAAUAGGGUGGUGAUAGCAGCACACUUGAGUAGAUAAAGUUCGAUGACGUCAGAAGUGGAUGUGUCGUCCAUAACGUGCGAAAAGAUACUGCAGUCCAAGAUAUUUUUCCCGAGAAUACUCACUUUGAUGGCGAGAGACUUGACGAACGAGAACCACGACAAGGAGCUUCCAAGCUUGGACGAAUCUGAGACCACCAAAUGCACAAUGAUAAUGGAAGAUUGUGAUGAGGAUAAUCGCUUGUUUGAUGCAGCCAAUAUUCCCACCUGCGAUGGCUAUGAUAAUGCUGCCAAAACCCCCAGUUACUAUGGUUAUGAGAGUACUCCUGAGCGAUCAGGUGCAAAUUCAUCCACAUCAGAUUUAUUUAUUAACGAAGACGCUAAUUCCGUCUCUUCGGAAGAUGCUGAAGAACUUCAAAAGUUGAAUGUGGAUGCAAUUCCGACAUCUCUAAUGAAUCAGAAUGACACCUCCGCUAGCACCUUUCCGCACAUUGAGCAGAGUACUCCUUCCUGCUCAACAUCAGAGUCACCUGUACUUCCUGAUAUUCUGUCGGUAGGAAGUCAGGACUCCUUCGAGGACGCUGCUAAACCGCUUCCGGCAAAAGUUGAAAGUGUAGACUCUGGAUUUUGUUCGAAAUCGGAGAGUAGCACGUCCAUCAACUCACAAACGUGUUCGCAACAAACUUUCCAUACACCCACUGCAGCACAUUCUGAAAUCGAAAAAGAAAAAAGCACACCACAUAACGGAGAGACUUCAAGGCACUUCAAGGAACAUUUUCAUGGCCGAAUUAGAGAUGAUGGAGAGAAUGAAAAAGUUGAAGGCCUUCGGGAACGGCUAUCGAAGUGGCGAAGUCUCCCUCAUUUAAAUAAGGGAGAAGAGUCAAAACGUAGCGACCAUGCACGAAUGGAGUCACUCACCGAUUCACACAAGCAGCGGUCUCGCUCUGAUGGUAGUCCGGGAUCAAUUCGUGUACGUAGACUGUCAGAAAAAGGGAAAAUGGAGCAAAAGUUUCCUGUUCUCGAUCCACGAAUGAAGGAUAUCUGGGAUUUCAACAAUUUCGCACCUGUUAGAAAUUUGAAGUGUGCAGAUGGAAUCUAUAAUUCCUCUCAGCACUGCUUUAUGAUAGCAGUAAUGCAAACGCUUACGCAUACUGCUCCAUUUGUGCGUUUUGUUGUGGAUAAGCACAGCCACAAUCACGGCAGUCCGCUUGGAAAGUGCUUUUGUUGCGAUCUCAGAAAACAUAUCUUCCGCGUACUCAAUUGCCACGAAGUUCCUCACAAAAUGGGUUGGAUCCUUGUGCACUGGAGAAGAUUAUUUGGCGAAGAUUAUCGCGGCACUCAGGAGGAUGCUCAUGAAUUUCUCAUCAAAGUGUUAGAUCAAAUAGACAGGUGUUCGUGCCCCUCAACACCAAUGAAGGCUGCAAUACCCAAAGGGCCAUCUCCGCCAAUGAUGCAACUUUUUGGCUUCAAACUGCGAUAUCAGCUCGUUUGUCCCAAGUGCGGAAAUAGUUCAGUCAACUACGCUUUGCAUAAUGAUCUAUCACUUCAUCUUCCCAAGCAAAGUGAUCAGUUCGGAUUUCCACCAAAAAUGCGUAAUUUGAUCGCAUUGUACAUGAAAGAGGAAGUUUUGGACUACACUUGUCCAAAUAAAAGAUGUGGAGCAAAACAUGCUAAACGAAGGCCUUACAUUUUGCGUGCUCCCUCGGUGCUUGUUCUUCAAAUCAAACGCUUUCUCCCGAAUGGGAAGAAGAACGGCAUGAAGGUACAAGUGGAGGAACAUCUUUCUCUUGGAGAGUUUUCAUAUUCGCAAAGUGAAAAGGACGAUUAUGAACUUACGGCCAUCAUUUCUCAUGAAGGCUAUGCACAGUAUUCAGGCCACUACACUGCACUUGUCAGGGGUUACGACCGUCAGUUCUACUACUUCAAUGACGAAUAUGUGAAACCACAGAAACUUCUCACUGCCAAUCUAUGCCCUUAUGUAGUAGUGUAUAGUCGCAAAGGACCACAAGAACGUGUUCUUGCAUCACCCCCACGGCCUAAACUCAAUCCAGCGCCAGCAUUGAUGGCGUCAUAUCCCAUGCCGUCCACAGUGCCCUACUAUGGACAGACUCUCAAAGAAAAUGGCUAUGCGACCGUAGUGAACAAGAUAUUACCAAUUUUACCACAGAGGAAGUUUGAAUUCAAUAUGGGGACGAACUGCGACAGCCGUGUAACGGAUGCCAGUCAGAUCAAAUUUUCUUUCAAAGGAGGAGGAAUUGUUGCGAAUGCCAGUCAUCAGAAUGGAAUAGAUCGAGAGAUCAGUAAAGAAAACGGUUUUGGUGCUUCUACCAAUAUCCGGUCAAACAGCGUCUUACCAGCUAAGUCGCUUUUCUCGCAGAAUGGAAACUAUGUCGGCAAUCGUUUUUCUUUCAAACUUAAUCCACCUGUAAAUCUUCCAAGAGUCAACUUCGGAUUUCCUUCGAGUUCCAGCAAUCAAAGCGGAAAUUAUCUCAAGGCAAGAGAACAUUCCAAGUCGAAUGGAUACUAUUCGGUCUCUUCUGAUGACCCUGCCACAAAGAAGCCUAGAUUGCAGUAGGUGUGAGUUUAUACAUUAGGCACCUGUUGUUUACCUCAUUUUCGAAAUUGCUCAGUCAUUUCUGAGAUCACAUGUUAUUUCGUGAACCUGCCUCCAUUUUCCCAUACCUCUCUGCGGUUUAAUACUCAACCGCACUUUGAAAACAUAAAUGCUCUUGUGUUAAUAGUAUCAAAUUCCUCAAUAUCCCAUCCCACUUCCAAGUCGGUUGUUUUGAAUUGAAAAGUGCAAAAGCUUUGUGCUUUCGUUGGAUGAUCUCUCCGAGAUUUACGUUAGCAGAGAUGUUAUCCGCCUUUCUUGUUGACAUUUUUGUUGCUGCAUGUUAGUGAGCGAAAGUACAUGGCCAGAUUUUUUUUUCAGUUUUGCUCCGUUGUGUAUCAUUGUUUUUCUUUAUCGUUAUCGUGUUAUGUUGUUUCGUUUAAAAGAUAUCGAUAGGCACUUAUUUGUUUAACUUUCUCUGUAGUCGGGUAUUUCCCCACUGCAGUGAGAUAUUUGAGUUUAUAAAGGUUUAUUUUAU